ACAGCAUCCAUCACUACUCCCUCUCUCCCUCACAAAGUAGAUGGCCAUUCAAACAAAACCACCUUUCUUCUUGCAACCAAGUCUAAGGCUAAGACCAUGGUUCGUGGUGUUGAGCGUGGCAGGAGCAACUGUUUUACCUUCUUACCUUAAUGGCGCUUUAACAGUUGCUCUUCCUUCCAUAGGUGCUCAAAUUGGACUUUCACCAGCCGAAUGGAGUUGGCCAAUGACAGUGCUUUCCUUGGUCAAUGGUGCUUUCUUACUCAUCAGUGGUGGUUUAGCAGAUUCAUUCGGUCGUCGUGGAAUGUUCCUGUGCGGUAUUGCAUGGAUGAUGGUCUUUUCCAUUGCUUUAGCAUUUAUUCGUCAAAGUACGCCUUUCAUUGCAAUGUCCGGUGUUUUGGGAUUCGGUGCUGCUCUUUUGGCACCUGCAGGAACGGGCAUUAUUGGUGAGUCAUUGCCCGAUGGGAAAUUCAAGAAUGGAGCAUUUGCUGCUUUGGGUGCAGGUCAACCGGUUGGAUUCAUUAUUGGACUGCUUCUAGGAGGCGUGUUUGGAAGUCAAUUCUUUGUAUUAUAUGUCAUAAAUGCCGUUGCAGCAGCUGUAUUCGGAUUUGCAGCAUGGUGUUGCUUACCUUUAGACGGCGAACGAAUCAUCAUCGUACAACGAGGAGCGCAAGGACGAGAAGAUUUAGCAAUCCUCAAUGGAAGACGCGAUAUCAGUGGCUCUGGUGAAGUCAGAAGGGCUGCACCUCUCAAAGCAUUCGAUUGGUUCGGUGCAAUUUUAUGCACUUCCGGUAUGGUCAUGUUCACUUUAGGUAUCGCUUUCUCAGGAACAGAAAAGAGAGGUUGGGCUAGUGUGCCAGUCAUUUCAAUGGUUCCGAUCGGUGCAUCGCUCAUGUUAAGUUUCUUUUUGUGGGAAGUACAAGUGCAACGUCAAACAUCUUCUAUUGUUGGAGGUGCAAAUGAAAGACAACAACGAAUUGAACCUUCUCUACGUGCUCCUCUUAUUCCGCCUAGUAUUUGGUCUGCACCUUGUUUUGCAUCGUUGCUGGCAACAAUCUUUUUCUCUUGGCUAUCGUUCAACACACUGACAUACUACUGCACGCUAUACUUUCAAGAAGUUCAAGAACUUAAGCCAUUGGCAACAUCUAUUCGCUUCUUGCCAAUGAUCGGCGUAGGAUUGCUGAUGAACAUCUUGGGAGGAUAUCUCGUGGACAAGGUCAGCGCUUUUUGGCUAAUCUUGUCAGGAUUGGCAGGAAGUGUGGGAUCUUGCUUGAUCUUUAUCUUUAUGGACCCAAAAGCCGGAUACGAAAAGGGAAUGUUGUGGGUCAUGUUCUUAAUUGUCUUUACAGACAUUUUCUAUCCUGCAGCACAAUUAUUCGCAUGUUAUACAGUCGGUCCAAGAAGGUCUGCUUUGGCAGGAAGCCUGUUCAACGUAACCACCCGUCUAGCUACUUCUAUCGGAUUAGCUGCCAGUACAUCGAUCACCACGUAUGUGACAGACAAGUAUACCCGCGAACAUUCCACCACAACGCCAGAAGCAUACAGAGAAGCACGAUUAGCAGGUUAUCGCGCUGCUGGAUGGUUAUGUGUCGCUUUCACCUUGCUUGCGUUGGCUUUGGUCGUGUUGACUUUACGAAAUGUAGGAGUGGUAGGCAAGAUUGCUGCUUCACGAGAAGGUCCCAAUAAUGAUCGAUCAGUUUCAGCUUCUUCCUCCAGAGCAGCCUUGCAUCGCACGCAUACCCCUCCUUCCCACACACCAAACGGAAGAGGUUCACCGGUUGGUACGCCAUCAUUGGCGGAUUCAAUUGCACUGCAAAAUUUGAACGAGCAUGGCAUAGCGGCUGAUGAGUUGGCCGUUGAGAACAUCAUCACACCUGUUGCACAAGUUCAUAAACGUGGAUUACGAGCUGAUGAGGCUUAUUUGGGUGGCACAAUCACACCACCUGAAACGAAUGCUUACAAGACUGGAAUUGCCCCGAAAAGGUCUCAAUAAAUGUAUGUACAAUAAUGUAUACAAGUGCAAAUGCCCUAUACCUUUUUUUGUUUAUCGGUGUUGCUGAUUUGCCUUUUUGGCUGCUAGAUUACGCAAAACUGUUUGACGAAUUUUAUCUUUUGUAGCUUGACUUUGUUUUAG